CCUCUUCCAAAGCCCAGAAGAAGGCUGGCAGCUGUAUACCUCGGCCCAGGCCCCUGAUGGGAAAUGCAUCUGCACGGCCGUGAUCCCCGCACAGAGCACCUGCGCCCGGGAUGGCAGGAGUCGGGAGCUGCGGCAGCUGAUGGAGAAGGUCCAGAAUGUCUCCCAGUCCAUGGAGGUCCUUGAGUUGCGGACGUACCGUGACCUCCAGUACGUGCGCAGCAUGGAGACCCUCAUGCGGAGCCUGGAUGCUCGGCUCCGGGCAGCUGAUGGGUCCCUCUCUGCCAAGAGCUUCCAGGAACUGAAGGACAGGAUGACGGAGCUGUUGCCCCUGAGCUCGGUCCUGGAGCAGUAUAAGGCAGACACGCGGACUAUCGUGCGCCUGCGGGAAGAGGUGAGGAAUCUGUCCGGCAGUCUCGCCGCCAUCCAGGAGGAGAUGGGUGCUUACGGGUACGAGGACCUACAGCAGCGGGUGAUGGCUCUGGAGGCCCGGCUCCAUGCCUGCGCCCAGAAGCUGGGCUGUGGGAAGCUGACUGGGGUCAGUAACCCCAUCACCAUUCGAGCCAUGGGGUCCCGCUUCGGCUCCUGGAUGACCGACACGAUGGCCCCCAGUGCGGACAGCCGGGUCUGGUACAUGGACGGCUAUUACAAGGGCCGGCGCGUUCUGGAGUUCCGCACUCUGGGAGACUUCAUCAAAGGCCAGAACUUUAUCCAGCAUCUGCUGCCCCAGCCCUGGGCAGGCACGGGCCAUGUGGUAUACAAUGGCUCCUUGUUCUACAACAAGUACCAGAGCAACGUGGUAGUCAAGUACCACUUCCGCUCACGCUCCGUGCUGGUGCAGAGGAGCCUUCCGGGGGCUGGUUACAACAACACCUUCCCCUACUCUUGGGGUGGCUUCUCUGACAUGGACUUCAUGGUAGAUGAGAGCGGGCUCUGGGCCGUGUACACCACUAACCAGAAUGCAGGCAACAUUGUGGUCAGCCGGCUAGACCCGCACACCCUUGAGGUCAUGCGAUCCUGGGACACUGGCUACCCCAAGCGCAGCGCUGGUGAGGCCUUCAUGAUCUGUGGCGUGCUCUACGUGACCAACUCCCACCUGGCCGGGGCCAAGGUCUAUUUUGCUUACUUCACCAACACGUCCAGCUACGAGUACACAGACGUGCCCUUCCACAAUCAGUACUCCCACAUCUCCAUGCUGGAUUACAAUCCCCGGGAGCGAGCCCUCUAUACCUGGAACAACGGCCACCAGGUGCUCUACAAUGUCACCCUCUUCCACGUCAUCAGCACUGCUGGGGACCCCUAGAGGCCCACCAGGGGCCCUUUCUACUCCGCCUGUGUCCCUUCAAGUUGAUCUGUCUCUGUCCUGCCCCACCUCCCCUCCUGUCCUUUUUUUCUCUCUCACUGCCUUUCGCCCAGCUUUCAUUCUCUGCCUCUGUAUUUCUAUUGGUGCAUUUUCUCAAUGUCUCUUCUCCUUUAUUGAUCUGAUUUUGAUACUCCAGUUCUUUGUCAUCCUGCCUCUUUAUUGAUGUCCCUCUUUCUUUUUAUUGAUCUGACUCUGCAGAUCAUUCCCUGUCUCUGCCUGUCUCUCUUCCCUCCCCUCUCUGCUUCCCUCCCACCCAUUCCCUUCUCCCUCUCUCUGAACCUCUCCUCUUCCCCGCCAAGGAGUUGAGUGCAUGGAUCUGUUUAUUUUUAUUUUUAUUUACGCCUUUACUUUCUGGGUUGCCGGAAUAAACGGAACCUUUGACA